CUGUUCCUGGCCGAGAAGGAGAGCUGGCGGCGGGGAGCACGAGGCCGGUGGCCAAUCCGUAAUCGGGGACUCGGUAUUUUUACUCGUAGGGGACCCCCCGUGGGUCACGUGACUGCCAGCCGGGACUCGACGGGCAAGGGGGGCCAAGCGCUACCAUGGAGCUAGAGCAGGGCAUCGAUGUUGGCGCUGAAGUGGAGCUGAAGGACGGGAAUGUUCCUCUGGAUGAGCCCAUUGCAUUAAGGCUGGAAAAUAAGAAGGACUUGCCAGCUUGGCACACUCUACAGUAUUUUGAUGAAUCGAGUAGUGACGAGAGCUUGGACGGCGAUGCUGUUGUUUCCUCAUCCUCUGAUGACGAGAAUCCAGAAGCAGAAUUGAUAGAACCUGCAGUCGAAAUUGAGAGCCAAGAACAAGUGAAUCAGAAGAUAGAGAACAUUUCGAUUUCUGAAGAACCACAACAAGGGCUACACCAUGAUAACCCACCAAUUGAUAAUCAGGCGGUGCUUUGGAGCAAUGAAUGUGUUCAGGAUCAAGUUUUUCCUUUUGUGGAGGAACUAGUUAUAGCAGAAUCUACUACAGAAGAAAAUGUGGAGUUGAGCCCGUCCUCGGUUUCCCAUCAACCUUCUAAUGUUAACCAUGCCUCCUCAGAAAUGGGAUGCCUCCCCAAAGAGGACAUGGGCUUUUCUGUAGAUAUUAAUAGUCUAGAUACUCACGAAAAGAGCCCCAGAAAGUCAUCCCUCAAAAUCCACAACUGUCCAAGAUGCGGCCGGCAAUUUCGAAGGUUUUCUGAUUUAGAAAAACAUUUCUGCUUGAAGAUGGUAGACUUCCUCAAAAAAAGUGUUGAUAAUGCUGGUCACGGAACGAGCUCUUACAAUGAUUCGGAAAGGGCAUUGGAGCAGGUGUGUGAAAAGGCACAGAAGGAGCUUAAGAUAGCACAGGAAAUGAAUGAGGAAGAGAUCCGCACGUUUGUUUUAGGGGACACGCUAGACAAUUCAUCAGACAGCGAGAAAGGCUAUUCAACUGAUAGAGUAAUAGCAUCAAAGAGCAAAUCAAAUAAGCAGACAAUGCCCCUUCAGUUUAACUGCGACAAAUGCGGGCGUCAGUUUGGAAGAUUUCGAAAUAUAGCCAAGCAUACAUGUUGGGGCAAAGACCCCAAUUUAGCCAACCUGCAGACAAUCUCUUUCAAAGCAGACUCAUCAGAAUACGUAGCGAAAGGGAAACAGGAAGCCAGUAGCAACACUAGUCCGAGCCCCUCAACAUCACAAGGCCAGGCAAGUAAGAUGCCUCAGAGGACACCUACAGGGAAAAUCAUAAACAACAAUUAUCCCCCUGGCACUGCCAACAAGUCCUACACAUGCCAGCAGUGCGGGAGAGUGUUCGAACGAAGCUGUGCAUUUUCCACCCACAUCCGUUGGCAUUUAAAAGAGUCAGAGCUGGAACUUCGUGCCAAAAUUCAUGACCAAAAGGUAAAUCUAGCAAAAAAAGCGAUUGCAAGUGAGGGUGGAUCUUGGCAAACGAUGAAAAAUCCAGUCAUUGGAUUUGAGGAUGUAGACUUGCCUUUUUCCUGUGACGAAUGUGGCCGUUGCUUCAGACACAAGGGCAACUUGGUUAAACAUCUAAACUGGCAUAUGAGUCAUAACUUUCAUGUUGCCGCCAUGAAGGAAAAGAACCUUGGCUUGGGCCUCUAUCCACCUGAACCAUAUUUUCCAGAUCUCCAGUACACCCCGGAAAUGUUGGCUAGCAUGCAAGAGGAGGACGACAAUGUCAUUGGUGAGGAUGAAAUAAUCCACCAUUUCAUAGAUGAAGACUUUGUCCGGGCAUCUGAUACCAAAAAAACAGCCCGGGAAAAACAGCGGAGCCAUACUGCUGCUGGAAAGGGAGAAGCGCAGAAGUCUCUUCCACAAUCCAUGUCACAUGCGUUCAUGGUUCAAUUUUCCAAAAGGCCAAAGCCACCUCUGAAAUGUCCAGACUGUGGUGUUCGCUUUUACCGGCUCUCGCAUCUCAAGAGGCAUCAGCACCGGGUUUCCGGCCGCAAAGUUCCAGUCAAAAGAAAGCACAAAUGUGAUUGUGGCAAAUCCACAGUAGGGUCACUGCACUUCUUGCGGCACCAACUGCAGCACUUGAGCGACACUGGAUUUAUCUGUGAAAUGUGUGGACAGGCUUUGUGCGGGUACCACCAGCUCCGGGCACACAGCUGGAUCCACCCUCUUGUGUCACGUUUCCAGUGCAGCUGUGGGGCAAAGUUUUCUCAGCUCCCCAGAUAUUUAUGGCACUCCUUGAUGAACAAUUCAGAUCUCAAAAAGAAAGGACAGAAGAACAAAAAAAAAGUAAAGAAGGGCAAAAAACAGAGAAAGACUAAAGCAUAGGCUGCUUUUUGGGGGUUUUCAUGUUUCCUUUUUUUUUUUAUGUAGUGGUUUUUGUAAUGUCAGUCAUUUUCUAUGUAGGUUAUCCAUAGUCUCAUUCUGACCACUGAAGUGCUGGUCUUAUCUUUUCCAAGAACUUCUACUCAUGUCCAACUGCAGAUGCUAUGCUGUCUAAUGCAUAAAGGCUAGCAUGGUACAUGAUUGUUGUCACGUUUAAAUAACGAGUUAUUUUUUUUCCGUGUAAACAUGAACUAAGACGUAACUCUCAUGGAACUGAUUAUACUGCCUCGUAAUACAGAGGAUUCAACUUUCUAAUGAGAUCUAUCUUCAUCCGUUGAGAGGACACAGUACUUAACAUUGAAAAGCAAUCCGAUUCCUCAGAAUUUUAGAUAAUAAUGUACAGGUCAACUCUGGGCACUGCCAGUCAAAGCAUCUCCUCCUGAUCUGGCUGGGGUGUUGUGGGACACAAUUCAGGAGGUCCAUCUAAUGUCCAUCUAAGGUCCAUCUAAUGUCUACAGUUCCUAAGUGUUUCGAGCAGUGGAAAUUCUAUUCCCAGAUCAUGAUUGACUUUUAUGUGACUGAGAAAUGUGAAUUAAUAGUGGAUAUUUUUAAAUACUAUAAACAUCACAAAACCUAAAUUA